AAGAAUUGCUCACAUUGGUUGGAACUGACUCUAGACGGCAGCACCAGAAGGUCCCAGUUGACGACAACAUAAUUACGAAGCGGCCCCUCCCGUCUACUGCUCUGCCAGACAGUAAUAAUGGGCAAACAGCGCCCACGUUACAAUGAGAGGGCACGAGCUUCGUCUCACUUGGCAAAGACAGCCAAACCACAUCCCCAUGCUCGAGACGGAGGCUUGAAAAAGAAGCGAAAGAGUGCUACUGAACCCGCGGCGAUAUCUGAAGCGUCUAGCGUCACUCUCAUAACAGAAACCUCUACUAGCAGUAUCACAAACGAAGACAAUGUCGAGUAUUCUGCCUCCAAGACGGACGUUCCUAUUGUGCUCGUUCCAGGAGAGAAGGGGCCAUCGGGAGAGGAAGACAAGAAAACACUAGACCUGAGCUUGCUAGAAGAGGAGCCAACCGGAAAAUUAACGUCCAAAAAGCGAAAAAGAUUGGAAAAGUUUAUCGAGAAGCAAUUGAAGAAGGAGGAGAGAGUAAAGCUACUGCAAAAGUUGAGCGAGCAAAGCUUUUCGUCGGAGCUUUUACGGUCGAGUAAGGCUCUAGGACAGAAUAAAUUGACUGCUCGUGAAAAACUGCGGCAAGCGCUCCUAGAAGAGCGUGCUGGAAUCUCUCGUUCGGAUUUAGGGGUGCGCCUUCUCGUAGAAAAGGACUUUGACGAUGAGGCGGAUGCGGCAUUGGACGGAGUAGCAGCAGAUGUAGUAGAUAGCAAGAAGGACACAGUCCUGGCUGUAAACGAUAAAGCUAGCCACGGCCAGACAAGCGCGGUAGAUGUCCCACUUGCCAGAGAACAACCGGAACCGCUUGGAAUAGUGUCGCGAGCGUUUGGAAAAGUCCCACCGGCACCAGCGUCCGUGGAAGUUUUUGAGGAAUAUGGAGGUGCUACGAAAAAAGAUGAAGAAAAUCCCUCCGCUGGAUUUGGAGCUGCGCUGAAAAGUUCUCAAAGCACUGCCGUACUAAGCUUUGGAGCCGCAUUGAAGAGAAAAGCUCCGGAAGAUGGUGUAGAAGGUGAGCAACCUGAGCUGACGAUACCCAAGCGGAAAAAGAAAAAGCAAAAGAAAAAAGCCGUGCCGGUCAAUAAAGAGCCACAUGGUAGCGAUUCGGAAGGCGAAGAAGUAAACCACACAGAGGAGGAAGGCGCUGGUGGUGCGAAAAAGGAUAUCUGGGCGGCAGACGUGGUGGUGGGCGAACAUUUGAACUCUACAAAGUUGAAUGGCUCAACACAAAAGCAGCCUAUUAGUGCAACUACUUCCAACACCCCUAAAACAACCUCUAAGCAGCAAGAAGCACCAAACACUUCGUCCAAGCCAAUAUUUCAUGUCCCGGUCGAUCGCCCCGAGUCUGUACAGCUUACCCGUAUCUCGCUUCCUGUUGUGAUGGAGGAACAGCCUAUUAUGGAAGCUAUCCUUAACCAUGACGUGACAAUCCUCUGUGGUGAAACCGGUUCCGGAAAGACAACGCAAGUACCGCAAUUUCUCUAUGAAGCCGGGUUCGGUGACCCAACGCAUCCACAAUUCCCUGGCAUGGUCGGUGUGACACAACCUCGGCGAGUAGCAGCUGUUUCAAUGGCCCGGCGUGUUGCCGAUGAGAUGGCCUUGAAGAAUGGAGAAGUGGCUUAUCAGAUUCGAUAUGAUAAAGGAUCUACGGGUCGUAAUACACGGAUCAAGUUUAUGACAGAUGGUAUCCUGCUAAGAGAGCUUAGUGUCGCUGCUGGAGGGGAAACACAAUCUAAGAAGAAAGCGGCAGAUGGACCAGCGGAUCUCCUUCUAUCAAAGUACUCGUGUAUCAUUAUUGAUGAGGCCCACGAGCGAACAGUUGGGACGGAUGUGCUGAUAGGGUGGUUGACACGCAUCGCUGCUCUACGAAAUUCGGGGAAGGUGGCAGGUGUCAAGCCAUUGAAACUAGUCAUUAUGUCUGCAACCCUUCGAGUCGAGGAUUUUACCAUGAAUCAGACGUUGUUUGCAGCAAAUGACAAACCACCCGUGGUAAAAGUGGAUGGACGACAACACAAGGUGGUGAUUCACUAUAAUAAACGUACCCCCGAACUCGAUUAUGUUACUGAAGCAUUCAAAAAAGUUUCCAAAAUCCAUAAUCAACUCCCACAAGGCGGCAUUCUUGUCUUUUUAACCGGUCAACAAGAAAUCCAAGUACUUGUCCGUAAAUUACGAAAAGCAUUUCCUCUCCAUAAGCCAAAGGAGGUUGAACGAAAUAGACUGGAGGAGACGUUCGCAGAGAAGGGUACCAAGGGAAAUGCAAACAUGUUUGAUGAAGCGGAUGGAGAUGUAGACAUGGAAACGGGGCCGGAUGAUUACAACGAAGGCGAGAGUGAUGUCGAAAAUAUGGACGAGGAUGACGAAGAAGAGGAGGUUGAAAUUCUUGGGGGACUGAGUGAUGACGAGAAUGAACCUGAACCGCUCAUUACUCCAAGAAAGUUUGGGGAGCAAGCUGCACCAUUGCAUGUGUUACCCCUGUAUUCACUGCUGCCAACGGCGGCUCAGAUGAGAGUGUUUGAGGCACCCCCGGCUGGGUCGCGGCUUGUUGUUAUUGCUACCAACGUCGCGGAAACGUCCUUAACCAUUCCCGGAAUCAAGUAUGUAGUAGAUUGUGGGAAAGUGAAAGAGCGCCGGUACGAUGCAAAUUCUGGAGUGCAAACAUACCAAAUAUGUUGGACAUCUCGUGCCUCAGCUGACCAAAGAGCUGGGCGAGCAGGACGUGUUGGCCCAGGCCAUUGCUACCGUCUCUUCAGCUCGGCAGUCUUCAACGAUUACUUUGAACAAUUCUCUCAACCUGAAAUCCUUCGGGUCCCAAUUGAAGGCGUGGUCCUGCAAAUGAAGAGCAUGGGAAUAAACAACGUCGUCGGUUUUCCUUUCCCGACCCCACCAGGCAAAGAGAAUCUCAAGGCUGCUGAGAAGCUAUUGUUGCAUCUAGGAGCAGUUGACACUGACUCGAAUAUUUUAAAGAUAACUGAACUUGGCAAAUUGAUGGCAAAGUUCCCAGUUUCGCCACGGUUCGCAAAGAUGAUCAUUGUCGCUGCUUCUCAAACCGAGAAUAUCUUACCCUAUGUCAUCGCGAUUGUGUCUGGGCUCUCCGUAGGUGACCCGUUCAUCAGGGACGAGGAUAUUGUUGGGAAAGAGCAAGAAGAAAGCGAUGAAGAUGAUGACGAUGCAGAGGAGGAGAAGGAACGCCGCUCAAAGAAACGAUCUGCAUUUUGGAAGACAAUGGCAACAUUUUCCGGGAACCCACCGACGUCUGACGCGCUUCGACUUCUCACUGCCAUUGGUGCUCACACAGCCGAAUAUUCCCGAUCCACCUCCCUCGCCGAAAAGUUUUGUGAAAAGCACUUUCUUCGUCCAAAGGCAAUGGACGAAAUGCGUAAAUUGCGCGGCCAAUUGACCAAUCUCGUCAAGAUGGCUUUGGGGGAUAAUGGUCGUUACCCAUCUGUGCGGGAUUUAUGUGUGGAUCCACGAUUGCCGCCUCCUAAUCCUCGACAGGCGGCUGCAAUCCGACAGGUGUUAUUGUCAGGAUUUGCGGACAGGGUUGCUAGGCUUGACGAUGAGGCCAGCAAGGGCUGGGGCGGCAAAAAGUGUGUUCCUGUGUACCGCACAAUGUGGGGAGGAAAAAAUGAGGUGUGCCAGAUUCACCCAUCAAGCUGUCUCCAUCGGGAACGGCCAGCGCCACGGUACGUGAUUUACGACGAGCUUAUUGGGAAGGAAGAGAAGAUCUCUGCCGACAACGCCGGAGUGAUUUCAAUGCGUGCAAAUGCGAACGUGACAGCUCCGGACGGUACCUCAAUCAAAAAGCAUUGGUUGAAAGGCGUUUCCUCGAUUGAAGAUAUAUGGAUAUCCGUGGUGGCUCCUCGCCAUCUUUGUCGAAUGGGCAAGGUGAUGGAGCAACCUGAGCCACGGUAUGACGGUGCCAUGGACAAAAUUGUAGGAUACUGUAUUCCAAACUUUGGGCCAAAAAUGUGGGAUUUACCUCCUCGGGAAAUGGAAUUACCAAGGUUGGAGGACAGAUGCAAGUGGUUUGCACGCAGCUUGAUGGAGGGGAAGGUCGUCCUCAUGGAGCAAAAGGGGAAGAGUAAACGGAAGGGCAAGCGAAUGAAUGGGGGACAAGAAACAAGAGAAGUUUUUGCAAAACUGGCUCCAUUUGUUACGACAAAGACUGUCACAAUAACAAAGAGCUGGGGAAAGAGCCAAACGAAGGUUGGGAACUUGGUUGAUACGAUGGUGACGGCCGGUAUUGAUUCCAAAGCAAAGUUGAUUUCCCAAUGGCGCCAAAACCGCACCUUUUUGCUGACCCAAUACCUUGCUUUCAUCCCCGACGACUUUCAUGCAUGCCUUUCCCAAAAUUGGCCACCUGCUGUCUUAUACAACCGAGAUGAGGACGACGCAGCUAGUGAUGCCAUUAGAAUAGGCGAGUUGCUACGUGGGGUUGAAGAGAUUUGUGCGGUUGCUAGAGGACGUAGGGAUGAGAGAGAUUUUGGGAGAGCCGAGAGUGAGAGUGAAGGAGAUAGCGAUUUUUAGAAUGGAAGUAUUUAUAUGUGUAUAGGUUGUAUUUAGCAUAUAGCUUUUUCCUUAAUUCUGAUACAUGAUUGUCUGACAAACA